GGCCGCCAUCUUGUUUGUGGCCCCGCUCCGUGCGCGCUCCGUUCUCCGUGACGCACGCUUCCCCCUCCCCUCCGCUGUGCCCGGGCCUCUGCAUUGCCCGACGCCGCAGGAGCGCGGGGGCGGCUUUUGGUCUUCAGUGGACUCAGCUGUAGAGGCUAGAGGCGUUUGUCGAAAUGUCCACAGAAGGAGGAUUUGGUGGUACUAGCAGCAGUGAUGCCCAGCAAAGCCUGCAGUCCUUCUGGCCUCGUGUCAUGGAAGAAAUCCGGAAUUUAACAGUGAAAGAUUUCCGAGUACAAGAACUCCCACUUGCUCGUAUUAAGAAGAUUAUGAAACUGGAUGAAGAUGUGAAGAUGAUCAGUGCAGAAGCUCCUGUGCUCUUUGCCAAGGCAGCCCAGAUUUUUAUCACAGAGCUGACUCUUCGAGCCUGGAUCCACACAGAGGAUAACAAGCGCCGUACCCUUCAGAGGAAUGAUAUCGCCAUGGCAAUAACAAAAUUUGAUCAGUUUGACUUUCUCAUCGAUAUUGUUCCAAGAGAUGAACUGAAACCUCCAAAGCGUCAGGAGGAGGUGCGCCAGUCUGUGACUCCUGCUGAGCCCGUCCAGUACUACUUCACGCUGGCUCAGCAGCCCACUGCCGUCCAAGUCCAGGGGCAGCAACAAGGCCAGCAGACCACCAGCUCCACAACCACCAUCCAGCCUGGGCAGAUCAUCAUUGCACAGCCUCAGCAGGGCCAGACCACACCCGUGACAAUGCAGGUUGGAGAAGGCCAACAGGUACAGAUUGUCCAGGCCCAGCCACAGGGUCAAGCCCAGCAGGCCCAGAGUGGCACUGGACAAACCAUGCAGGUGAUGCAGCAGAUCAUCACUAACACAGGAGAGAUCCAGCAGAUCCCGGUACAGCUGAAUGCCGGCCAGCUUCAGUAUAUCCGCUUAGCCCAGCCUGUAUCAGGCACCCAAGUUGUGCAGGGACAGAUCCAGACGCUUGCCACGAAUGCCCAACAGAUCACACAGACAGAGGUCCAGCAAGGACAGCAGCAAUUCAGCCAGUUCACAGAUGGACAGCAGCUCUACCAGAUCCAGCAAGUCACCAUGCCUGCAGGCCAGGACCUCGCCCAGCCCAUGUUCAUCCAGUCAGCCAACCAGCCCUCUGAAGGACAGGCCCCUCAGGUGACCGGUGACUGAGGGCCUGAGUGGGCAAGGCCAAGGACACCCAACAUAAUUUUUGCCAUACAGCCCCAGGCGAUGGGCACAGCCUCCCUUCCCAGAGGACCCUGACGACCUCAGCACCUCCUGCAGGCUAGGACACUGAUGCACUACACCCUAUGCCUGGGGACCGAGAUUCUCCAACAGAAAGAUGGAAUAUUUUUAAUUUCCUAUUUUCCCCCCAAGGAAUUAAUAAUUCAUUAUGUUGAUCUGUGUGUCCAAUGCUAUGAAAUGAGAAUAUUAAAUAACGUAUUUAUGGCAUUUUCUUGAAGUGUGUAGUUAGAGAAAUACUUUUUCUUUUUCUUUCUUUUUUUGGUUCUCAUUGCCACUUCUCUUAGGAGCAGAUCUUCCUAGGGGUGCAUGAGAUUUUCUGACUCUUGGAACAGCUGCUGCCCCAAGAUUUGCCACCAUGUUCUGCCCUCAGACUGAACUAGUGAAUGUGUUAGCUUCUUUUUUUACUAGUUCAAUUCCCACCCCCAAGCUCACCCCUGAGCUUGCAUCCAGAGGCCACGGAAACAUUCCUUGUGCUUAGGAGAUGAACUCAUUCCCCACGGAGAGUAGAUGGUUUCAUCCCCACAGCCUUCUCUCCCAGGGACCCAAGGAGAUUAGAACUUUGUGCAUUUUGCCCCCUCUCAAUUUCACUUUUUAAACACAUUAAAAAUUGUGCUAGUCUCCUUUUCUGCAUGGACUUCAAACUGCAUGAAAUGCAAUAAACCUCAUUUUUGAUACUCUA